AUGAGACUCCUUCCCCAAAAUGCCACCUGGAUUUAUGCCUAUAUUGGUAGUACUGAGCGUUACAACUGGAAAACAUAUUUUGGUCACAUAUUUACCCACUCAAAGUAUCUCCCUAAAAUUGUAUUUGGGUUAUGUAUUAUAAAUAUAUUUGGAGCAUUUUUGAAGAUCAAGUUGAAAGAUUCACUAUUUCCCCUCCCAAUAAUCCUGUUUUUAGUAGGAUGUGCCUUUGAAAUCCUAAGUUUUUCAUCUUUUAAGGUGCAAAAAUAUACAGAGUUGAUACAAUGGAUGGAUCCUGUCAUAUUUAUUAAUUUGUUUACUCCAGUAAUUAUAUUUUCAGUUUCAUUUGAGACAGAUUUUUAUAUGCUUCAAAAACUAUUUUGGCAAAUAUUCAUUCUUACAGUCCCUGGCUUUUUCCUGAAUUAUGCCUUAGUUGACUGGUAUCUGAGGGCUGUGAAUAAGUUAGCUUUGGAAAACACUUCCCGGGUAUUAUUUGCAAUCAUCCUUGUUUGUACAGAUCCCAUGCUGACUGCAAGUACCAUAAGGAAUCUUGGUCUUUCAAAGGGCCUCACACACCUAAUUAAAGGAGAAUGCAUGUUGUUGGCUGCUUUAGCUGAUAAUACCUUCAGGAUCACCUUAGGAGUUGCUGACAGUUAUUAUAAGAACCUUUCUACAACAUUAAGUGUUAAUAUUAUUAAUGAAAUUAUGAAAAAAUUUCUCGGAAGUCUUGCUUUUGGAUUUGUAAACUACAGAAUUUUCAAGUUUUGGCUCGGGAGUAUAUUUAGUGAUGAUGUCAGUGAAGGAAUGCUUAGCUUUUCAUUAGUAUACAUCAACUUUUAUGUGGCUGAAUGGAGUGGAAUGUCUGGAAUUAUUUCUUUGUCUGUGUCAGCUCUUCUUUUAAAUUCUUCAAGCUUUAAACCAGGAAUCGAUCUAUUCCUUUUCAAAUUCUGGAAAACUAUCAGAUUUUUUGCUUCUCUGAUGGUAUUUACCCUUGUUGGAAUGUUGAUCCCUGCACAUGCCUACUUAUAUGUAUCAUUCUCAGAUAUAUAUUAUGCAGUGCACCUCUACUUCACGCUGAUUGUCAUCAGAAUUCUGGUCUUUCUGAUACUGAGCCCCAUUUUAUCUCGUCUUGGCUAUGGAUUUACCUGGCGCUGGGCAUUUACAAUUGUCUGGAGUGAAAUGAGGGGGCUGCUUAACAUAAACAUGGCUCUUAUACUUUCUUACUCUGAAAAUUCCAUUGGAUCAGAAAGGCAAAAAUCUCAGAUAUUACUUCAUGGAGUGACAGUAUGUUUAAUUACUUUGUUAAUGAAUUCAAUCACAUUACCUCGAGCAGUUAUCCACUUAGGCCUCCGUGAUAUUACAUUAACAAAACGCAAGUCACUCUAUUACACAGUUCAACAUUUUCAAGAAAUAACCAAGAUUGCAGCCUCUGCUUUAAGAUUUGACAGAGAUCUUGCCAAUGCAGAUUGGAACUUGGUUGACAAAAAAAUCGCAUUUCAAAAUCCAUAUAAGUUGACACCAGAAGAUGCAGAUCAGAAGAUCAAAUGUCCGAGCUGUAACAAGGAAAUGGGAGAGGCUGGCAUUAGCACUGAAAUCAUGGAACUGGCAAGAAUACGCCUCUUAUCAGCACAAAUAGCAAGCUAUGAAAGGCAAUACACAAGUGAGAUUUUGUCCCAAAGUGCAGUCAAAGUCUUGGUAGGCGCUGCAGGGAGUUUUGGCGAUAAAAAGGGAGAAUUUAUGAGUUUUCAGACAAUACAGGCCUAUGCUGAAGAAAAGAAAAUUUUUAAUAUCUUCAGGAAAAUAUUACUAAAUUUGGUUUAUAACACUAAAAAAGAGAAAGGAGUGCCCCCAAAAAUGCCAAUUCUUGUAUUUUGUCAUAAGAUCGUGUUUAGUGACGAAUUUGAAUUCACUGGAUAUCUUGUGAUCAUAUUGAGUAUGGUUCCUCUUGUAAUUUCUUUGUUACCACAAUUAAACGUGAUCUAUGACAAGGAAGUCAAAGUCAUAAAUCAUACAUUCAUUUUGUUUUACAUACUGGAGGCCAUAUUUAAGAUAACAGCAAUGAGGAAGAGAUUUUUCUUACAUAGUUGGAACAUAUGUGAGUUAGCAAUAACAUUGAUUGACCUCGUUGGAGAAAUAAUAUUUGAAAGAAAAAAUGAAAUUUCCGACCAUUUGAGUAAAAUUAUGAUUUUUAUAAAAGUUGUGAGGUUUCUUCGUUUAUUUCGCAUCAUAAAGCUCAUAACGCCAAUGUUACUUCAGUUAAUGGAUAAGACAAUGAGCCAUCAAUUGUCCUUUAGAUAUGCCAUCUUAAAAGGAUAUGUACAAGGUGAAGCAGAUAUAGCAUGUGUUAUUGACCAGAUUGCUAGUUGUAAAUCAGCUGCUCAGGUAUUACGUAAUCGUGUGUCCAAGAAUGCAGAAAAUGCUAUGAAAGAGCUAGGCUAUUUAGAGUAUGAUCAUCCAGAGAUUGCCAUCACUAUGAAAACCAAGGAGGAAAUUAACACUAUGCUCAAUAUGGCUUCAGAGAUUCUUAGGAGCUUAGAAUCAAAAGGAGUAAUUAAUAGAACUGAAGGUUCUGAAAUAGACAAGAUGAUUAUUGCCAGAAAAAGAGAAGUGUACGAUUUUGAACCUGUUGUCAGACUUCCUUCUCUUGAUGAAAUGUUAUACCAUGUUCCAUGGCUAAGUAAAUCAAAAUUUCACAUAGAUUUCAUUAAGAAAAGAGUCAAAGUCUUGACCUUUGAUUGUGGAAACAAAAUAUUUGAAGAAGGUGAUAAUCUUGCAGGAAUAUAUCUGAUUAUCUCUGGCAUGAUAAAGCAAGAGAGUGCCAGACCUUAUUUUGGAAUUGACCAAAUGGUUUCGGAGAUAGAACAAAGAAAUCAUGUAAUUUAUGCAGACUACCUCAUCAGUGGGGCAAUCAUAGGAGAAUUGAACUGCUUAACCAAUGAGCCCGUGAAAUUUACUGCCAUCUGUAAAACUGUAGUAGAGACCUAUUUCAUCCCCAAGUAUCAUUUGUAUGAAACAUUUAAAGAGUGCUGUCCUUCCAUAGAAUAUAAAAUAUGGCUCAAGUUGGCACUUGGUGUUGGUGCGCAAAAAGUCAAGGAAAUUUUGGCUUAUGAGGAUUGGACUUACAAUCUGCAAUUACAGCUCUGUAAUGUGUAUGUGAGAGAUGUACCAAUAGAUACCAAAGCUGACAUUUAUGACGAAACUGCAAGCUAUGUUAUUCUUGCAUAUGGAAGUGCAAAAGAUUGUCAGUUACAGAAAAUGUAUUUUGCACCCAAACUAAUUCCUAAGACUUGUCAUCAGAUACAAGGUACUGCAACAAUAACAAAAAUACUAGUAAUUCAGACAUCAGUUAAUCUAAAGAAAUGCAAGAACAACACUAAACAAUAUGUCCCUAUUUGCAAACAUGUAAUAAAACGUAAAUCUAAUGGCUACUUACUUCGAAAAGUUAUUUCUAUAUCGCUCUUUGCCUUCAUUGCAGCUGCAGGUGACUAUGGGAAGGCCUUCCAAAAGAAAGGCAACAUGGCUUACCUGGAGAUAGCCAAGGGAGGAGAAGGUGAGAAUGACAAGGAACAGGGAUUGGGGCAGCCCAGAAAACAAGAAUGGCAGCAGGGAGCCUUAGGCAAGAGGGUCUCCAGACCAUGGUCAGAAGAGAGAGUCAAUCAUGCUUCAGGGAAGCUUAGGGGUUCAGGCAUUGAGACUGCUCUAGGAGUUUUAGGGGGAGGGGAGAGAUGGAUCUGA